AUGGCAGAAGGCGAGUUGAACGUAGACGGCCUCAUCACCCGGCUACAAGAAGUAGAAGCCAGUCUUCCAGGGAGGAUCGUCCAGAUGACGGAGGCUGAGGUGCGGGGGCUCUGCAUCCUGUCCAGAGAGAUCUUCCUCAGGCAGCCCAUCCUGCUAGAAAUUGAGGCUCCGAUCAAAAUCUGUGGUAAUAUCCAUGGACAUUACUCGGGCUUGCUGAGGCUAUUCGAGAGAGGCGGUUUCCCUCCCGAGGCCAACUACCUGUUCCUGGGGGACUAUGUGGACCGGGGGAGACAGUCCCUGGAGACCAUCUGCCUGCUGCUGGCCUACAAGAUCAAAUACCCAGAAAACGUCUUCCUGCUCAGGGGGAGCCACGAGUGUGCUUCCAUCAAUCGCAUCGAAGGCUUUUAUGAUGAGUGCGAACGCAGGUUCAACAUAGGGAUCUGGGAGACGUUCACAGACUGUUUUAAUUGCCUGCCCAUUGUUGCCAUUAUCAGUGAGAAGAUCUUCUGCUGCCAUGGAGGUCUCUCUCCUGAUCUGCAGAAUAUGGAACAGAUUCGACUCAUUAUGAGACCGACUGUCGUCCCUGACACAGGCUUGCUGUGCGACCUGCUGUGGUCGGACCCAGACAUGGAGGGGCAGGGAUGGGGGAGGAACAAUCGGGGAGUUUCCUUCACCUUCGGGGCAGACGUGGUCGACGAGUUCCUCAUCCGCCACGACAUGGAUCUCAUCUGCCGAUCACAUGAGCUGUUGGGCCUGCGCCACACACCCCUUCUCUGCGUGGAGCGGCCGGAGAUCCCCGAGGAGUUACGGAGGAGGAGAAGAGGAUGCAGAGCGGGAGUGAAGCGCAGGGAGCGGAAAAGACGGUUUAAACCAUGUUUACCGUCUGUCAUCAUGGGGAAUGUAAGAUCUCUCCCAAACAACAUGGAAGAGUUGACGGCGCUGACCCGACUGCAGAGGGAAUACAGGGAAUGCAGCCUCAUGUGCUUCACAGAGACGUGGCUGACUGAACUUUCUCCGGACUCACACGUAAAUCUGGACGGCUUCCAACUCGUACGAGCGGACCGAAAAGCAACGGAGUGCGGUAAGAAGAAAGGAGGUGGGAUCGCUGUGUUGGUUAACGAUAGAUGGUGCCACCCGGCACACACCAGCGUGAAGGAGAUGCUCUGCACCAGAGAUUUGGAGCUGUUAGCGCUUCAGAUCGGAUCCACACAGUUAUCUCGCAUCUUCAAAGCCAGCACCCCCAAGCCCUCCUCCUCAUCUCCGAGGACUGUUAAGGAGUGGUCCGAGGAGACCAGUGCCAGGCUCAGAGACUGCUUCGAGACUACAGACUGGGAGGCACUCUGCAGCCCCCAUGGCACUGACAUUGACAGCAUGACCCACUGCAUUACGGAUUAUAUUAACUUCUGCGAGGAGAACACUGUGCCCUCCAAGCUGCGAUUGGUCAUGAGUUGA